CAGAAUAACGCGACGGACUCAGCUUCUCGCUCAACAUCGGCAAAUCUCACUCGUUCCUGCGGGAAUCUUACGCUUGGCUUCGGAGAUCGGUGUUGCCUUGGUUUCACGUGUGAAAUGGCGUCAGAAGAAGAAAAACUAUGGAAGGCUCCGGCGGUGCAUCCCAUGUCACGCGAACAGGUUCAAGCAAUAUCCGAUCAGCUCAGACUGGAGUGUUCUACAGAAGAAUUGGACACAUAUACGGAAAGUAUUGUAGAAGUGUUGAAAUCGUACCAGCGAAUAAACGAACUGGUGGAACCAGCACUUCCGGUCAAGUAUCCAAGAACCCCCGGCUACAGGCCACAGCCAGAAGAAAACCGUCUGAAUGCAUGGUAUUACCGCUGUGACAUCAAAGGAGCGGAUAAAGGUAAACUGGCAGGUAAAAAGAUUGGCAUCAAAGACAACACGGCGGUGGCAGGUGUCCCUAUGAUGAAUGGUUCAAAGAUAAUGGAGGGUUAUGUACCGGAGUAUGACGCCACCGUGGUCACAAGGAUUCUCGACGCAGGUGGGCAUAUUGUCGGGAAAGCUGCUUGCGAAGACAUGUGCAUCAGCGGAGGCGGAUUUAACAACUCCAUUUCUCCGGUUUUGAACCCAGUCAACACGGAACACGUGCCUGGGGCUUCCAGUUCGGGCAGUGCGGCUUUGCUGGCUGCUGGCGAGAUAGAUUUGGCCACAGGUGGUGACCAAGGCGGCUCUAUCCGCAUCCCCGCCUGCUGGUGUGGUGUGGUCGGACUGAAGCCCACUUUCGGCCUUGUCCCUUACACGGGCUGUGUGCCUAUUGAGAUGACCCUAGACCAUUGCGGACCCAUGGCCAGGACCGUCCGCGACUGUGCUCUCUUCCUGGAGGUGCUUGCCGGUUAUGAUGAUGGUAGUGACCCAAGGCAGCCCCCGAACAUUCAGGUCCCGGAAUACAGUAAAAUGCUGCCAGAAAAACUGGAAGGAAAGCGUAUAGCGCUGUUACAGGAAGGAUUUGAGAACUGUGACAAGGACGUGGUAGAUAUGGUGAAAGCUGCGGCUCAUAAACUCAAGCAAAGAGGGGCGGUGGUCAGUGAGAUCAGCUUACCCUGCCAUAAAGACGCAUAUCACAUCUGGUCUCCAAUUAUUAUAGAGGGCAUGCAUCAGACAAUGGUCAAGGACAGCGGUCAUACUGUGGGGUGGAAGGGCCAGCAUUUCCCCUCCAUGUUAGACAAAUUGGGCCAAGGUUACGCCAGCCGUCACCUUGGACAUUUCAGAGGUCAUCCGGCUGUUCAUGAUUGUAGGGGAAUACGCUAAGACGUCUUACCAUGGCCGCUUUUACGCUAAAGGGCUCAGAAUCUCGCGAGAUCCCCUCA